AUGGCGUAUGCUAGAUGGCGUCAAGUCAGCCAGCCACGGCCUCCGAAGAGGACGGCUUCCGAAAAGCUUCCAGAAACGUUCAGGAAAAUUUGGAUACCCAUGGGGCCUUUGCGCCAAGCUCAACAAGCUGAUAAGGCUGGCAGGUGUUGCAGCUGGCUGCACUUGGGCCGCAUCGGAAAGGUACCGGUAGGUCAGAGCGCGGCCAGGCCUUGCUGCAUUGCCAGAAGGCGAAUUCACGUAGUAGGCAAUGUAAACAAAUCGUUCGGCAUCUCGCUUGGCUCACGUGCCAAGCUCGAGAAAGGUGGUGACAGGCCUUGGCUGGGUCGCGAGAUCUCACCCUCUCUGCUGGGAUAUCCAUCUACUGAAACGUACUACUACAACUUUCUUACAGGAGAUUACUCGUAUCUUUUCCCCAAUUCCGAUACCGAAAAUCUUCCCGAUUACAGGGCCAAUUUUACAUCUGUCAAGAGCGCUGUAAUCUCUGCUCCAGUCCAAAAAUAUCGGCCUGAUAUAACUAACUCAUCAGCAGCGUCACGAAGCUCCGGCCCUCCCGAUACCAGAGUAGCUCCGGAACGUAUCUUCUUCCUUUUUAUUCAGACACGACUCACGUGGACCCUACACGAGUACUCUACUGAGUCUACUCCGUACAUACCGGUACUACUGGUACAGAGAGCUGAUGGUCUAUCGAUAGCCAAGCCGCUCCUUCGCGGUGUCGUCUUCGCCAAUAUCUCAGCAGAGUUUGACCUCUUGGAUCCUUGGCUUCGAAAUGCAAAUUAA